AUGCCUGGCCCGACCCCCAGCGGCACUAACGUGGGCUCCUCGGUGCGCUCUCCCAGCAAAGCAGUGGCGGCCCGGGCGGCGGGAUCCACGGUCCGGCAGAGGAAGAACGCCAGCUGUGGAACGAGGAGCGCGGGCCGGACGACCUCGGCGGGCACCGGGGGGAUGUGGCGAUUCUACACCGAGGAUUCCCCAGGGCUCAAAGUGGGCCCUGUUCCAGUAUUGGUGAUGAGUCUUCUGUUCAUCGCUUCUGUAUUUAUGUUGCACAUUUGGGGCAAGUACACUCGUUCAUAG